AUGUCCGAAUCAAUCCCCAAAACGCAAAAGGCUGUUGUCUUUCAGGACAACGGAGGCAAGUUGGAAUACAAGGAUAUCCCAGUCCCCACCCCCAAACCCAAUGAGCUUUUGAUCCACGUCAAGUACUCCGGUGUGUGCCACACCGACUUGCACGCGUGGAAGGGCGACUGGCCCUUACCGACAAAGAAGCCGUUGGUUGGCGGCCACGAGGGCGCUGGUGUUGUCGUUGGUAUGGGGGACAAUGUCCAAGGCUGGAAGAUUGGAGACUACGCUGGGAUCAAGUGGCUCAAUGGCUCGUGCUUGACCUGCGAGUACUGCGAGCAAGGAGCCGAGCCAAACUGUCCCAAGGCGGAUUUAUCAGGAUACACCCACGACGGGUCGUUUGAGCAAUAUGCCACGGCCGACGCGGUUCAAGCUGCCAGGAUCCCCAAAAAUGCAGACUUGGCGCAAGCAGCCCCCAUUUUAUGUGCCGGUGUCACCGUGUACAAGGCCUUGAAAACCGCGGGCUUGAAAGCAGGAGACUGGGUCUGCAUUUCCGGUGCUGGCGGCGGCUUGGGAUCCUUGGCAAUCCAAUACGCCACUGCAAUGGGCUAUAGAGUCGUUGGUAUCGACGGCGGUGCCGGAAAGGGAGACUAUGUUAAAAAGCUAGGAGCUGAAGCGUACGUCGAUUUCACCCAGGAGAAAGACAUUGUCGAAGCAGUCAAGAAAGCUACAAAUGGCGGACCUCAUGGUGUCAUCAAUGUCUCGGUGUCAGAGAAUGCCAUCAACCAAUCGAUCGAUUACGUUCGACCCUUGGGUAUUGUUGUCUUGGUUGGAUUGCCCGCGGGAUCGAAAGUUACUGCGCCAGUCUUUGACUCCGUCGUCAAGUCAAUCCAAAUCAGAGGCUCAUACGUUGGAAACAGAAGAGAUACGUCCGAGGCGUUGGACUUUUUUGGCAGAGGGUUGGUCAACUGCCCGAUCAAGAUUGUUGGUCUCAGCGAGUUACCAGACGUCUUCAAGUUGAUGGAAGAAGGCAAGAUCAUGGGCAGAUACGUUCUUGACACCAGCAAAUAG